AUGGCCAGCACACUAGACCGGCCACUCCCAUCGCGGGGCCGGCCCUCCACCUUCAACCUUUCCUCCUCCUCCUCCGACCUCGACGACGACGCGCCGCUGCCCUUCCCCGAAGCCCUCCCUCGCUCCGACUUUCUCACACCGGCGUUCGACCCCGCCGCCUACCUGUCCGCGCUGCCGCACCGCCACCAGACGCUCGAAGACCUACGCGCGGACCUGCGCGACCGCAGCGCCGCCAUCAGCAGCGAGCUGCUCGAGCUCGUCAACGCCAACUCGACGACGUUUCUGUCCCUCGGCACCGACCUCCGCGGCGGCGACGACAAGGUCGAGGACGUCCGCGUGUCGCUGCUCGGCUUCCGCCGCGCCGUCGAGGACGUCAGGGCCAAGGUGGUGGCACGUCGCGGCCAGGCCGACGUGCUCACGUCGGAGCUGCACCGCGUGCGUGCCGAUAUUGAGCGCGGGAGGGCCAUGGUGGAGAUGACGGAGAGGCUGGCCUCGCUGGAAGAGAGGCUCGCGCUGAGCAGCAGGACGGAGCUGGAGUCGGACGAUGAUGACGACAGCGAGGAAGAGGAAGAGGACGAAGAUGAACAACUACAGGGCCUGGUGGGAAGCACGCCAACUGUGCUGAUGGCGUUGGCAAAGGACUAUAAUGCUGCCGAGGCAUUGCUCAGCUCGCUUACGGGGCUGGCAUUUACGGCAAAGUUGGAGACGCGCUUGAUCAAGUGCAGGAAAACGUUGCUGUUGGACCUCAGCAAUGCGAUAAAAGAGAGUCGCAAGGCGGGUGCCCCAGCACAAGAUAGGGUGCUAAAGUAUCUCGCCAUAUAUAGGAUACUGGGUGCCCAGGACGAGGCAGUCAAAACCCUGAGGACAAAAUAG